UGAUGGCAGCGCGAGAAAAGAGCGGACGCUGCAAAACUUACGUAAAACGCCACAGCGUGAUUUAAGACGUCGUCUAAACCACCUCGGGUUAUUUUUACCUUUCUUAUCGAGCUUUUUAUAUUGACAAAUAACGUUAAAAACUGUCUAACGUGCCACUUUCUUGAGUUUUAAUUUGUUAGCAAACUGCGCCAUCACCUGGUACGAUUUGUCAAUCACGCCUUCGUCAUCACGACGCGACAAGGAAGUGCUGCUGAGCGCGUCCUUCAAUUCACUGCUGUAGCGCCUGAACAUUACAAAAGUCUUGCGUUUGUCAUCUAAAAACGACAUUACUCUAUAUUUGGGGAUUUAUGGAGUGACAGAAGCAAACAGCAGCGUUGGUCGGAGCAAACAUAUAACAUUUAGGAGGUUUGAGCGUUUCUUUCGGGUGAAGCAGUGAUGACGGCUCCAAACUCAACAGAAAGGAAGGCAUGCUGGGAUGCCAGGGACCUGCUGUGGAAAUGUCUGGAUGAUAAUGAUGACAAAGGGGCUGCCUGCCAAAAGUUUCAGAGCGAGUUUGAGGCAAAGUGCCCCGCUCAGUGGGUGAAAUAUUUCACCAAGAGGAGAGACUACCUGAAAUACAAACAGAGGAUGGAGACAGAAGGCUUCACACCUGCUGAAGGCCCCAAGCAACCCUCCUAACCGCUACACUGCAAACCAUUGAAAUCUGUGGGCUAUCUGACUUUCAGCCUUAUUUGGACCAUGGCCAGAGGUGCAGGACUUUGAGAGGAGCUUCCUGAUUUUAUUGUGGAGCUGAACUUCACCUUUACUGUUAUUUAUAUGUACAGAGAUAAAAGCUGCAUCAAGAAACCAUGCAUAUAAGCAACGACCUGUGUGAUAUGAUUUGAGCUCUACUGGCUCAGCUGGCCUGAGACGUUUGAUAAAGAAAUCUGAAAUGACAAAGGGUGCAAAGAUGUAAAGAAUUUGUCAGUCAGUUGGAUUUCACUUGAAUGAUACAUGAAAUGUCUCUGUGGACAAACUUUACUGUUGUUCCUUGUGAAAUUUAGAGGUUGGAAUACUCAUGUUCAGCCCUUACAUGCAUCCACACACUCUGGGUCCUUGUCAACACUCAUCCUAACACUGUACAAGAUGAAUUUUCUGUGAUUGUGUUAAAUGAAAGUACCCUCUCUUCACCAUAUCUGAUCGCAGCCAUUGGGCUUUGUGUGUGCUGAGCAAAGUGGUGUUCUUCCUGGAUUUUGGGUUGAAGUCAUGCAAAAUUAAAUUUGAAUUGCUGAUUUCUACCGAUUGCUGAUAACUAACAUUUUUUAUCGGCUCAAAAUCUCAAAGUGUGGCUGAUUUGUGGUGCAGUGUGUAAAUAAAUAAAAUCAUAAUGAAAACAAA